GCAGUCUUAGUGAACCGUAAAUAACAGCUGAUGUAUUUAUCUGUCUGCUGACAAGCUGCUGUAAAGGAAAAAAGAUGAGAACAGAUACCUGAGUAAAGCCUUAUGUAAUGGAAAAAACAAAUAUCGGCCAUGAGCUGCUCUGUAAUGAUCCUGUCAGCUUCGUUCCUGCAAGACUGACAUCAUAAACACUUCACAGCAUCAUUACAGGCGACAUCUGUUGUCUGUCUGGGAAGAUGUUGUGGAAUUACCGCGUCCACUGUGACAGCUCCAGUCUCAGUAAACACAUUAGCUUCAAUGCACAUGCAGAUAAUAAUUCCAACAAAGGAAUCAUUCCGAGUAAGUCACUCGUCGAUGCACAGAAAAUCAUUUCUGCUCCUAAUGUCCUCAGAACCUUUCAGUCAACUGACAGUUUUUUCCUCCUCUGGACUUUCCUCAUCACUCCUCACUGUUUUUCUCAUUAGCAUGUCUUUAUUCCCCCCCAAAUGCACUUUCCACUUCCUCUGCCAGCACUUUUCCCGUGCUGCUGUUCACUCCGGACUCACGAGAGCAAAGCAACAGAACCUGAUUGAACUGAACCGUUUCAGGAGCAAAUGAAAGCCUAAUGGAAGGAACGGGUUAAGCAUCUCAGUGCUGAUAUGGGAAAAGUUCAUCAUUACAUUUUCUGAGCAGACUGUGUGACUGUAGAUAACGCUGAGCUCCUGCAGCUUUCUGGGAAUUUCUUUGGAAGUUUGUUAGUUUGGCAGCCGACAUGCCCACUUUUCUCACCAGGAAUGCGCCCGUGUUCGCUGUUCCGGAGCCGAAACUCUGGUACCUCCUGCUAAACCUCUGCUUCUGUGUAACUGGGUGGCCUCACGCUCUGACAGCAGACAACUGCCCGAGCUCCAAGUGGAACGUCAUGUGUCGCCCCUGUUGUGAAUACGACCUGAUCCAGUGUCGGUGUCCCUCGAAGGGAACGAAGGUCGGAUACACCGUGCCCUGCUGCCGCAACGCUGUAAAUCAGUGCGACCCUUGUAUCAUUCACCCAGGCUGCAGCCUUUUCGAGAACUGCAAAACCUGCCACAAUGGAACAUGGAAAGCGAAUGAUGACUUCUUCGUCAAUGGAAAGUAUUGCACAGAGUGCCGUGAAGGCUGGAGCGGAGGGGACUGUAAAACAUGCGGAGGCGUCCUUCAGCGAGCUCAGGGUCACAUCGCCCUGGAGAGUUACCCAACCAACGCCCGGUGUGAAUGGACGCUGCGGGUGGAACGAGGCAGCAGCAUCCAGCUCAGGUUUUCACUCCUCAGUCUGGAGUCUGACCACAACUGUCGCUACGACUACGUGGAAGUGCGCGACGGCGACGACCUGAACUCUCCUGUGAUUGGCCGGUUCUGUGGGGAUCGGCCGCCUCCUCCAAUCAAAAGCUCCGGGAACGUUUUGCACAUUCUGUUCGCCUCAGACGGCUACAACAACUUUGACGGAUUUGUUCUUACUUUUCAGGAGAUUGCAGGUUCUACCAAUAAGAAUGCAGCUUGUUCACUCCCAGAAAAACCUCUGAAUGGAUAUCUGCUGCCUGUAUUUGGCCCAAAGGAGGAGCUUGUGUUGGUGAACCACAGGUGUCGUCCACCUUUUAUUCUGACCGGCAGUGAGCAGAGGAGCUGCCUGCCUAAUGGCACAUGGAGUGGUUCAGUCCCCUCAUGUGUAAAAGGCCAAACAAGCCCGCUCCGGUGCGGCCCUCCGCCCAAAUUGCUCCACGGCUACCACAGAGCUGCUGGAGGCGCAGAGUCGAUCGAGUUUUUCUGUAAAAACUCCUACAUUCUGAGUGGUAACCGCCGGAGUACCUGCCUCCCUAAUGGAUCCUGGAGUAGCAGGUCAUCCAAGUGUGUGAAAGUCUGUCGAGAACCCAGAGUGUCUGAUCUUGUGCGGCAAACUGUUGUGAAGUCACAUCUAUUAACAAGAGACAGUUCAGAGCAGAGACUCCACCUGUCAUCCAGGUACAGCUUCCACGACCUGCUGUCAGCCGGAUUCAUCCCUCUGACGUCGAACAGACAGUCCAGCGGAGAUGACGCCGCCUUGGAGGAGAUUCCUCGAGGAUUUCAUCCCGUCUACACCAGCAUCGAGUACAGAUGUGCUUCACCUCUGUACCGAACCAGCGGAGCCUCCAGACGCACCUGUCUGAAGACCGGCAGGUGGAGCGGAGGCCACGUUACCUGUUCACCAGUUUGUGGUAAAUUAGACUCUUUCAGUCCACUCAACCUCUCCGACACUCAGUGGCCGUGGCACGCAGCCGUCUACAUCCGCUCGCCUCCAGAUCACACUGUGAGCACCCUCGGGUCCCCUGGAGGGGCCAUGUUGGACCAGCAGGGGGCCUCGGAGGAGUCCUCGUUCUGGGUCCUGGCCUGCAGCGGGGCCCUGGUGGCCCAGCGGAGGGUCCUGGUGGCGGCUCAGUGUGUGUUCAGCAAGGACGAGCAGCAGCUCCUUCACCCCCAGCACGUGAAGGUUGUGGUGGGCGUACACCGGCAGACGGCCGGGGAUCGGCUCAAAGGCCUGCAUCAGCUCAGGGUUUCAGACAUCUCGGUUCACCCAGACUUUCCCUCCUCGCCGGACUCGGACGUCGCCGUGCUGAAGCUGAAAGACAAAGUCAAGAUCAGCGAGCGAGUGCUGCCGGCGUGUCUGCCCCAAACGCAGGGAGGAGAGGUGACAGCUCAGGAGGCUUACGCUGUGAGGUGGAUUUUAACAGACGGCCGCGAGCACCCGAGUCACUCCACAGCCGGCAGCCAGACGAGGCAGGUUGAGCUGAGCGAUGCGGCCCAGUGUGAGAGACGGUUCGCUGGAGGGUCACGCUCCGCCGCCAUCAGCGACAAGACGCUGUGUGUCGUUAGCAAACCGUCCACCUCUCCAGGCCCGUGUCCCGCCGUUAUCCCAGGCAUCACUGUCGCACCGGCCGGGGUUUCACCUGUGCUGUCGGGUCACGGGGAGACUCAGGGAGGCUCCGGAGAAACCUGGCAGCUCCUCGCUUUGGAGAGUUUAGUUCAUGAGAAAACCAGCUGCGGCCGGCAGAGUCACACAGUUCAGAUACGAAUAGCUAACUUUCGAGAUUGGAUCGAGGAGAACAUGAAAUAAUUACAUGUCAAGGAAAGCAGUGAAUGUCAGAGUCGGUGGAAACAGUGUAGAUGACACGAAGAGAAGCAGAGAGCAUAACAUUAGAGAUAUUUUGUACCUUCUAUCCACUUCAGUAUCAUGUAAUCACGUCAAUUACUCUCUCUUCUCUUCACAACCCAACAUUAGAUGACUAAGAUGCUCACAGAUCUUUGAAGGAUUUGUCGAGAAUGUAUUUUUGAGAUCUUUUUUCAGGGCUGCACGGUGGCUUGGUGGUUAGCACUUUCUGCCUUGCAAUGAGAAGAUCCCCGCCUUCUGGGAUCUUUCUGCAUGGAGUUUGCACGUUUUCCUUGUGCAUGCAUGGGUUUUCUUUUUCCUCCCAUAGUCCAAAAACAUGCUGAGGUUAAGUGGUAGCUCUAAAUUGUCUGUAGGUGUGAAUACGAGUGUGAUUGUUUCUCUCAACGUGUAGCCCUGUGAUAUGCUGUUGACCUGUCCAGGGUGUUCCUGCAUUCGCCCUAAAGGCUGCGUUAUGCUUUCUGCAUGAACAAGCUGCGCAGAAAUGAGAUGCUUGGAAAUCCGCUCGACAGACCACGUGUGGCUUUAUACUCCAUGUGGCAUCUGCUCACAAACUGCAGGGGGCAGUGUAUCGCAAACACAUGUCUACCUCGUCUGCUCUAACACUAAACUAGAGUAGAAGAAGUUUGACAUUGCUUACACCACUUACAACAUGGCAUUUUACCGAAUAGUUGCACUUUAGCAGUUAGCUUUCAUCUCACACAAUGACUUGUUCAUAACCUGGUUGCCACGGUGAUCUGUGUGAUGGAUCAUACAAGUGUCUGUAUUUCUGAACUUCUGCUGCUCAGAACUCCUGUUCUUCCACCAGCGUGACUCCGUCUGCAUAGUUAGAAAAAUUUGGAGGUGCACGACAUGGAAAUUUUUUGCUUGAGAAGGGGGCGUGGCUUCUAAAAUGAUGUAAUUUGUCUGCACAGACCUUGCGGACGUGGCAAGCUUAAAACUAGCUUUAGUCAGCUGGGAUGUGGUGCUUUUCCAGGAGCACCUAUUCGACUCUACUCAGUUUGUGAGGUUUUCCAAUAAGACGUAGUACCUGGUACCAGUUAACAUUUUAGUACCGACUUGGCCGGGGUUCCAAGCGACCGCCGAUAAUGUGACGUCUACAGAGUGCAGGCCUCUGCUUGGACAGGGAGUGAUGAUGCUACACAGCAUACAUAUUUUAAUACCUAAUAGCGAUAAAUUGCAGCCAUUACAGGGUUGCAAACUGAACUGACAUACGAUAGCUAUAGGGAACUAGCAUUAGUUUAUGAUGCAUCGUGUAUUUCAUAUCCUCUUGACUUCGGCUUGAUGCUGGUGUAUCGCCUCUCCUGAGUGUUUCGACUUGCUGCCCCUCAGCUUUCUCUGACUCGCUGCUUUUACUCUGAAUCUGACAAAAAGCCACAGACCGAGCAGCAGGUGUACCAUUGCCUUGAUGUCCUCCAUUGUUCUGUUGUGUUUCUGUCACAAAUGACAUUAAGGGACUUCCGGGUCGCCAUGCUAUGAAGACUCCACCCACGAUAAGGUGGUGCUCAAUUGUAAUGGACAACGACCUAAACCGAGCCGAGCUGAGUAGAGUCGAGCCGAGUAGGUGCUAAUGGAAAAGCGCCUAUAGUCUCCAGCCCCCUCCGACCCUAAGGAGGAUUCAGCAGUGUUUAGAUACUGGAUGGACGGAUGUCAUUUUUCACAUCUCUAGUGCUCAGUAUCUCAGUUAACAUCAUCUGUUUCUUGUGGUUUUUUUAAAUCUUCAGGAACUCUCUAGUCUCUGGAUUCUGUGUUAAAACCAAAAUGGAUGUGACCGUCGGUGUUUAACAGAUAAAUAACCACAGUCUUUUUUACAUAAAAGAUGAGCUGAGUCCUUGUAGUUCCAGCUCUCCCUCCUGCUGAGGCUUCUUUUGGCAAGUCACUGAAUCUCUGUCAGCUUCAGGCCUCUUACCUCCGACUAUCUCUGAGACAAACAAGAAUCACUAUUUGCAAAGUCAGGCACACAUUAGUACAAAUAAGCAUGAGUUUCUUUCUCUGCUUAGCGGAAAUUAUCACCUUAAUUAUUCAGUUUGCAUGCCCAGUUGCAAAUUUCCCCUCAAAAAUCAAUAAAAACUAUAUUUUUUCUGCCUGAUUCAGAGCAAUGACACCCACACAGCCCUUCAGUUAGCAUGCACUAACAAAUCAUUUGCCUUAUUUGCAUGUAUUUCCAAAGCAGUGCAUGUGUGCACAUGCACGGCGGUACACCAUGUACCGGCUGCUCAUCUGUAAAUAUGCACCGAACCUGUGUGUCUGCAGCGUGUUCGCAUGUGAGGUUGCGCCUUCGUGAGUUUCUCUGCAGACUGUCCAACAUGUGCUGUCAUUGAGAAACACACUGAGAGGAUUUGCUAAACUUAGCUCUUACUCCUGAGACGCAGACACCCGCUGUGCUCUCCGCGGCUUUGUGCAGGACACCUUUUAAGCCCAGCCAAUUAAACAAUGAGGAGCUCAGUGGUCGGUCUCUGCAACUUGCAAAGUGAAUCGCCAGCAAAUAAACGAGAGACAGCUCAAGAUGUUGUAUUUCUGCUGCAAUCAACACAACAGAGAGAAUGCAGGUUAAAAUGCUUUACACUGCGGCCAUUGCGAUCCUUUUGCUCAUCUUAAAAUAGUAGAAAACCCUUACGCAAGCAAAAACACAUACAAAUAAUGCAGAGUAAAGGCACAUAAAUUUGCAAGUUUUCACAAUUUUUGCAUUUAAACUGAAGUAAUGAGCUUAUGUUUUACAAAAGCAAAGGUCUCCAUGUUAGUGCAUGAUGUCAUGAUGCUAAAAAUGGGUGAAAGUCUGCUAAUCUAUUACUCUUUCACUGAGAGAACACCACACCCACACCUGAGAGGAGGCACUGACCUCUCAUGUCAAAUCCCCACCUCUGUGUGCGCAUCGCCGAGCGCACUGUGCAUGUGCAAGGUGUUUGUUUAGCUUGCUUAGAUUUCUGCACCAUAGAGUAGGAGGAACCUGCUGCAGCGCCUGAUUUGUCUGCAAAAAACUCUGCUAACUGCUUGUUAACGCCGCACGAGGAAAUUAAUCAGGAAAAACCAAAAGUUUGAAGAAAAGAAGACUUUCACAGGUGAGCAGUUUGAGUUUAAGGAUGCUGGAGGUUUAUCUUACAAGAAUAUCAAUGCAGCAUGUAAAUAACAAGCAGGUUAAUUCAUAAUUUAAAGAACAAUGCCGCCUGCAAUGAAUCUGAUUUCCUCAGGGUGACCCAAACCUAAUCUUCUCUUGUGCUAUUUAGCAUGCUGAUACUGAAUGGUGUUCCUCCUGCCGGUGAAGCUAUUGUUGCACACAGCUUUGUGAGCGUUGUGACCCACUUCUGAGCAUACCUGAAUGUGAUGCUCGGUUGUAUUCCCACUCAGGUCAGCUCGGGGCGGCUGGCAAAGCGCCGACCAGUGAAAAUCAUCAGUGCACAAAGUUCUGAAAUGAGCUGAGUUUGUUCCUUAACUCCUAAACUGUUGGUGAAUUAAAAGAUUAAUGACUUCAGCGUCUCGAGACGGGAGCGAGUCAACUAGUGCGUUUCGUGGAAGGGACAGUUUCUGAAAGCAAUGCAAAACUGCUCGCCUUGGGCCACAUGUGCAUCAUUAAAGAUAUAGACUCCACGCCACGCUCCGAGAACUCAAGACGAGGCAGCAAGAGGAUGAAGUUGAAACAAAAAGCCCAGAGGGGGUUACACUGUAAAUCCCAAGGAAAGUGACUCAAUGGCUGCACAUCAGACUGCUUCUUCCUCUUUGCCUCUUGUUAGAGAACAAAACAGGUUUGCCCGGGAAGUAGGGGGCACUAGAGUGAUAAUCGCUAGUUAGUUGGGGUAUUUUUCUUUUUAAUCUUAACUUUUUGAAAUAUGCUUUUUUAAAAUGUCAUCAUUGGUGGAUGUAAAGACACUAAAGAGUUCUCUAGUCGGUGCAGCAGAGUUACCAAUUGCUGCCUGACAAGCUGCUAAUUGCCUCUGAGGGCAGCACGGAAAAGGAUAAAGCAAAAAGCCAACAGGUUUGACACAAAGAAACAACAGGAAACCAAAAGUAACAUGGGCUACAUGGAGGGAAAUUGUAAUUAAUUUGAUAAAAGUGGUGUUUUUUUUUGUUUUUUUUUAGCAAACUUUUGGGUUUUUUUGUUAUUCUUGUCUAUAUUUUGUUGACUUCUGAAGAUCAUUUUAUUGCUCUGUGCAAAAAAUAAUGAAUCAGCCAUUCAAUAGUGAGAGAUCAUAUGAAAGUAGAGAACUAAAGUUCAUUGCGGAAGCAUGCUAGCAUUAGCAUGCAAUAUAUUCUGGUGGUUAAGAAGCAAAAUCAGAUGGAGGUCAGAGGUGAGGACAGUCUGGGUUCUGACUGUCAGGUAAUUGUCAACAGUUUAAUUAAUCAUCAGCUAUUUUAAACAUCGACCCAUAUUUAGUGAAAAAAAGUCUCAAUUUUCUGAUUUUAGCCACUUAAGUUUUUAUAUUUUCAGGGCUUUUUUUCUGCCAUUAUGACAAAAAAAUGAACAUUUUUAGGUUUUACACAAAGCAAGAGGAAAUAAAUUUGCAAAAUUGACUGACAACUAAGUGAUUAUCCGGUCGGCAUGUUGGCCAACCCUAAACGCCCUAAAUGAGGAGGAGGGAUGCACCAUCAACGUCCUCAAGGGAACAGUUAUAGACUGAAUUUAUGAAGCAGGGUUGAGAUGUUGAAAUUGAGAACAAAGCGUUUUCAACUACAUGGGAAAAUUGUAAUAAUGAAGGGAACAGCGCAGUAAGAACAGCCGAUAAUCACCAAGAGUAACGGAAACAGGUUACGCUCCAAUAUCCAUACUACCAUACUAUAUAGUAUACCAAAAGAAAGAUCCUAAUGUCACCUGUAGUAUGGUAUGAUUUAAAUCCAAAAGAUAAAGCUAGUAUUGAAACAUUGCACUCAUAAAUGUAUCUUUGCAAGUUACACCGUGUACAGAAGACUAUUUGAAAAUGAAAAACGCCAGACACACCCAGAUGUCCAGCUACACCAGUAUGGUUUGUCUGCGCAGUUACAUCUUGAAGAUCACGGCGUCUCGCACAAGGAAAAGAAAGUUUGAGUUGCAGAGAGCACACACAGAAUGCUAUGCUGUGCUAAAGUUUAAGGCCCAAUAUUGUGAUGAAGCAGUUUGUCCCACUGCAUGAAUCAGCAGGUGAACACACUGUGGUAAGGGUGGCUGUAAUACUAGUAUUUAAAGUACAAAGAAAAACUAAACAGAUCUUCUUCACUGAACGUAAGCAUAAACUUUUAGUUAGUUUAUUGUAAAGUUUGGUGUAAAAGAGCAACUGCAACCUAGCCGAGCCGCGCUAGACAACCCAAGGCAACGAUUUUAAUUCUCUGCCAGGGUGGGUCUAGUUACCCUCCAUAAGGCUUGAGGCUGGAUUCUCCUAAAACUGGCCGACGAAUCACCAUGAAGUGUAGAGUCAGAAGGCGGGCGUAACUAAGUGAUGACAGAGGCGUGACGAUUCUGACAGAAACAACCGGCAACAACUAGCCUAGCCGCGCUAGACAACCCAUGGCAACGAAUUUAAUUCUCUGCCAGGGUCGACAACAAAAACGACAACAGUCGUUGAGCUCCAUUAGCACCGACUCUGAAUAAUCUUUCUGUCAACAUGACUGUAAUAUACUUGAGCUUCACCCAUUGACUGUAUAAAUAAGGCUUCACCAAACUACCGCAUCCUCUGAUUUCCGGCGCUCUAGGAACUACGUCAGCCUAUUCGUUGCGCUAAUUGGUUGUAUACCUACCCAAUUGCUGCAGAGUGAUUUGAAAGACAACCUUUUAGCCCGCCUCCCUCCCUGUCGAGAGUUCUUAGACCCUUGUGUCUUCAGACCUGGGUCUAGCGCGGCUAGGCUACCAGCAACCUAAUAUCAAAGUAAAAUGUACAUACAAGUCUGCUAAUUCAUACAGCUCAAAGAUUAAAUGGAUGCAAUCAUAGAAAUACCAUUUUUUGCUUUACAUAUAACAUGAACUAUUGUGGAUAUAAAACAUUUGUCACUGGGUUUGAACCUGCUUUGGUUUCCUCCACCAGUUUGCUGCCAGUCCAAACACUUCCAGGUUGCUGUGACUGGUGACUCUAAAUUGCCAAUGGAGGUGUGAAUGAAUCGUGAACGGUUGUCUGUUUCUAUAAGUCAACAGUGUGACUGACUGGAGAUCUGUUGUGGGUGAACCUCACCCUUCGCAUAGUGUCGACCGGGAUUAGCUUCAGUUCCCAGCAUCCCUCUGAAAGUAAAGGCUAGUUGGAUGGAUACUGCACAUUAUUCUUUGUAGACAAAAAUCACCUACAAAAUUAAGAUUGGCACUAAAAUGAAACUUUAGAACAGAAUAGAAAUACUUUGUUAAUCCCCAAGGGGAAAUUUGGAUGCAACAGCAGAAAGAGUGCAGUUCUCAUGAGCAUUAAUACAGAUUUUUUUUAAAAAAAGCAGAAAUGUGCAGUAAAUAAAAAUAAACAAUGAGAAAAGUAUAAAAUGCAAAAUACCCUAUGUAAAGUAUGUACAAGGGUUUUAUGUGUAGUGCAAAAGUAAACAAAGUGUGCAAUUUCAAAUUACAAAACCAUUUACUAAAAUGUUUUCUUGUUUUAAUAUUAUUAUAUUACAUAAUACCUUUUUAAUUAUAUUAUUCUUGUCGUAUAUGAUCAUAUUAAAACUGAUAACUUCUGAGAUAUUUAUCUGACAACGCGUCUUAAUCAGCCACCUUUUUAAAUGCGUUACUGUGCUUACUUUCUAAAACAAAGAUUAGUCGUCAGAUCACCUCCUAGCUGCAGCAGAUUACAAAGUACUGCCCGUUAUUCUGUCAGUUCAGCUCCAUUAUGUUCUUUACACUGCACACGGGCUUUCCUAGAAACAUUUAAGUAGUUGAGAUAAUUCAGUCAUGCAUGUAUAGAUAAUGUUUUAAACACAAUUUAAAAGCAAAGCUCGUUAAAUCCAGUAACAAGCUGGUCUGUAUUUGCAGAGGGAGAUCCCAGUCCUCAAAAAAACCUUUAUUUCUAAGCAUGUUCGGGAUUAAAAACCAUCAUUUCCCCUAUAGAGGAAGUCACAAACUAACUCAUCAUUGUUUAAUAUAUGAUACCUGAAAGUCUGACUUUGUUGAUUGGGUUCAAAAAUUAUAUUUCCAUUUAAUUGUUUUCAAAAAUACAACAAUGAAAUCUUUACAUGUGUGGGAUCAUUAGAAGAGCUUUAUCUUGACAGUGUUUCUGCUGCAUGUUGAUAUCAGUUCUCAUCACCUAGACACUUUUCUCCUGCAGGUGAACCAACUUUCUAAUCCCACUGCGACUUUUAUAUUCCAGACACAAAAAACACUGUAAAUUCAGAGCUCCGGGUCUAUUUUCUCUCAACAUCUUGGAUGCAUUUUACUCUUAGAGCUUAGAGAGAGCGAGACAACGACUCUGCGCACUGAUUAAGAAAAUUACAGAAAGACGCCACAUUGAAAGGCUUUAAUUCACUCCCAAAUGGGUUAAAUCCUUUCACUAUUCUGUACAAUUUAGUCAGCACCUCCUCUCCAGGUUCGACCAAUUUAAAAUGCUUUUUUAGUCAUUUAAUAUUCCACCUCUUCCAUUUGCCUUUUCACGGCCUCGGGCAUGAGGCAAAUUAUUAACCUUUAAACGUGCAAUUACUCUCAGUAGGCACAGAAAGCAUCAGGAGGCUGAACAGCGGCGAGAGGCACCUUGACAUGUGUCGAGCUAUAAUUUACAGAUGCAGCCACUAAGUUCAGCUCUCUUCCUAUUUUUUCGUGUCUUUAAUGAACUUUCACAGGGCAGUAAGUGGCAGUGACUGCAAAGACCCGCAGUGUCUUGACUGGAAAAAGGAACAAAAAAAACGAAACUUAACAUUGAUUAAAGCUUGAUAUUUCAUUCAAACAAGAUUUUGGAGCAGUUAAAAUGUUUAUUUUAUGAUAUUAAUGCUAUUAUUGCUUCAAGAUAAGCUACACUUUCUUCAAAUUUCAAUGCACAGAGAUAUAAGCUGAUGCCACAACAAGCACGUGCACGAAAUUCAGCUGAGAGAGAACAAGAAUUGGGUGGAAAGCGCAUUUCCUUUUCUGCUUCGAGUGGAGGGCAUGAUGGCAGAGCGAGUCAAGAGCUGCUUAUCCCAUCGGAAAUUUUUUAAUUGUACAUCUCCUGCAUAAGUAAGAGCAGUUAACUGUCGUAAUGAGGAGCCGGAGCUGCAACGCUGGAUCGCAUCCAGCUGAAAACCUGCUCUUACAAGAUAGAUGACAUUAAAAUCAGCACUGAAGCAUCCACAUGUGUAACCUGCAGCUCGGAGUGAUGUGUGCAUGCAUGACGUCACAUUUCUGCAUGUGCAGUGUAUAUCUUUGUUAAAAUUUAACCUAAAAGUCUGAGCCAAAUAUCAGAAAUUCAUGAUUAAAUUAAACAAGACAAUUCUCUAAUAUACACUACCAGUCAAACGUUUGGACAGACCUUCUCAUUUAAUCUUUAUUUCAUGACUGUUUACAUUGUAGAUUCUCACUGAAGGCAUCAAAACUAUGAAUGAACACAUAUGGAGUUAUGUAGUAAAUAAAAAAAUGUGAAAUAAGUCAAAAAUAUUUUUUUCUUUUUUACAUUAAUAAAAAUAACCACCCUUUACUUUGA